AUGCCAGACCAAGUCCCUGUUGUUCCUGCGGAUGGGGCUGUUGCAGCGGCCGUUUACCCUCCAGUUGUCGCGCCUCCGGCUCUGGCCGACGCUGCUGGUGACAACAAUACACAGAAUGCUAAUGACAACGUGGUUCCUCUGCCCCAACCUGCGGCUCAGGAGGUUAGUGUUUUCUCUUUUCCUUGUAUUCGUUUUCCUUCCCAGGUUUUUUGGGCUAGGCAUUGUUGGUCUUUUAGCUUGGUUCUCACUUGUGUUAUUAGUUUUAUUUUUUUUUGUUUGUGCUACUAUUUUAUUUUCGUGUCUGUGUUACAACUUUAGUUUUGGCGUCUGUGUACAAAUUUACUUUUUGCAUCUGUGUACAACUUUAGUUUUCGCAUCUGUGUUACCAAUUUAGUUUUCGCAUCUCUGUUUCAACUUAGUUUUCCGUCUGUGUGACAACUUAAGUUUCCUGUCUGUGUGGUAAGUCUGUGACAUAUUUUCGCGUCUGUGUGACAAAUUUAGUUUUCCGUCUGUGUGACAAGUCUGUGUGGCAAAUUUAGUUUUCACGUCUGUGUGACAAAUUUAGCUUUCACAUCUGUGUUAUAACUUUAGUUUUCCGUCUGUUAAAAGUCUGUGUGACAAAUUUAGUUUUCGCAUCUGUGUGACAAAUUUGUUUUCCAUCUGUGUGACAAGUUUGGGUUUUGCGUCUGUGUGACACAUUUAGUUUUUCACAUCCGUGUGACAACUUAAGUUUUCCGUCCGUGUGACAACUUAAGUUUUCCGUCUGUGUGACAAAUUUAGUUUUUGCAUCUGUAUGACAAGUUUAGUUUUCUGUCUGUGUUACAAGUUUGGGUUUCGCGUCUGUGACAGCUUUAGUUUUCGCGUCUCUGUAACAACUUUAGUUUUCCGUGUGGGUGAAAAGCGUUUCGCGUCUGUGUCAACUUUGGUCUCCGGUCCGUGCGACAAGUCCGUGUGACAAGUUUAGUUUUUCCCAUCUGUGUUACAAAUUUAGUUUUCCAGUCAGUGUGACAAGUUUAGUUUUCGCGUCUGUAUGCAAAUUUUGUUCUCUCCUCUGUGUUACAAACUUAGUUUUCUCGUCUGUGUGACGAAUUUAGUUUUCUCAUCUGUGUGAAAAAUUAAGCUUUCUCGUCUGUGUGACAAGUUUAGCUUUCUCGUCCGGGUUACAAGUUUAGUUUUUCGCACCUGUCUGGCAGAUUUUAGUUUUCACGCCUGUGUGACUAAUUUAGUUUUCUCGUCUGUGUUACAAAUGUAGUUUUCGUGUCUGUGUGACAAGAUUGGUUUUCACGUCUGUGUGACAAAUUUAUUCUUUUCGUCUGUGUGACAAACUUAGUUUUCUCGCCUGUGCGUCAGGUUUAACUUUCGCGUCUGUGUGUCAUCAUUUAGUUUUCACUUCUGCGUGGCAAGCUUGUCCAACGAGUUUAGUUUUUUGUGUCCCUGUGAUAAGUUUAGUUUUUUCGCAUCUGUGUGACGGCCUUGGUUUUCGCGUCUCUGUUACAAGUUUAAUCUUCGAGUUUCCAUUACACGUUUAGUUUUUCCUUCUGUGUGACAAGUUUGGUCUUUGCGUCUGUGUGAAAAGAUUUUUCACCUGCGCGUGGAGUUUUCACUAUUUUCUCUUUUUUUCUUUAUCCCUUCCUAGGGUUAUGAGGACCUUCGCCAAACAGUAGAAUCUUUGCAAUCGACCCUUAAUGUUUCCUAAGUAAAUCAGUCCUUUGAAUAAGUUAGACUCCUUGCCUCUCGUCCUGACGCACUUUUCGAUCCUUUCGCCCUCCUUGCGGCCUUGGAACAACUGUCAGACCACGCUAGGGAGGCGAACCAACCUCAAUGCAAGAAGUUUGAUGCUAUUUUUAAACAGUGUCGCCCCCUUGCAAACUCCAACUCACUGGACGUUUCAGGCCGCAGUACUACCGGCCGGGAACCUUUCCUCGAUGCUGUUUUAAUUGCAGAAAAGUUGGUCUUCUUGCUAGGAAUUGCCUAUUAGUCUGCAAGGCUGUUAAAAAGUGACGUUUCUUUGCUAUAUAUUGGAGUUUCAGUGCCUUUGAUCGUUUGCAUUGUUAGUUAUCUCUGUGUUCUUCUGUAAUGAAGUUCACGCCACAUUAAAGUUUGCUUUGUCAAUUACUUUCUGUUUGUUUCGCUUGUCUUUUUCUAUCUAAGCUUACCGCUGGUAUGCCUUCCAAGGGGUCUUCUUAUACUCUUAAUUGCUCUGUCCCUGGACAGGGUAUUUCGGGGCUGCUUUGCGGUUGGCUUUUUCCUUUUUCUAUAUCAUGUUUCAUUGGCGCUUAUUACGUUGUCCUUUUUGUUUUAGGUGCCCCCGUGCAAGAAACCUCGUUAUGAUUUUUCGCCCAGACGAAGGCUCUUCAAAUUUUGUUCAGUGGCGCAAUUGAAAAGGGAAAAAACAACGCUUCCCAGUACGCGUGGGGUGGCAUAGUUUACAAUCCCUCCGAACCACCUUUGGAGACUCAAGAUAUUUGGAGAGACGAUGUCAGAGACAAACCUAUUACGGUAAAGGAAGCCCUCGCACUUGACAACAUUUUUAAAGCUGGAAAGUUGGUUCUUUCAAAUUGUUGCGUGGACGCUCAUGUGGACUGCCUAGCGCCUAUCCAAGCCUGGGAAAGACAGGGGGGCAAGAGUAAACAGCUGAACGAUGCCCUCAAGGAAUUGUUCCAAACUCUUCUCGCCCAGAAUAUUUCCACCUGUUUGCAGUUCGUGCCCCCUCCUCUCAACCAGGCGAAUGCUCUCUCUCGCGCUUUGUCUGAUAAGGAUUGCACGCUUGUCCCCGAACCGUGGAAGGAGUUAGAAAACCUCUUUGGCCCACACACCUUCGACUUGAUGGCACUUGACUCCAAUGCUCAAAUUGGGUGUUCUGGUUCACAGCUUCCUUCACCAUUCUAAUUUUCUUUUAUUAUUAUUAUUAUGUAAAAGUAGUUUAAGCAACUUUGUACCAAUUGAUAUUGUACAACUAAUGUAUUAUUGAUACUGUACAACUAUCGUAUUAUUGUACAACAAAUGUAUUACAGGAUGGAGUAAAAAAAAAAAAUACAAAUACAAAUACUGCUUCCUCACUUUACGCCUUUUCCAACACUAGGCUCUUGCAGGGUUAAUGUUUUUGCUCAAGAUGUGGCCAGCCAAGAAAACACAUAUGUUUUUCCGCCAUUCAUCUUAGUUGGUCCUCUUCGUUUUCUUGACAAGGCCUUGUUCUCGUUCACCAUUGUGGUUCCAAAACUGUCUCCUCUACCAUAUUGGAGGCCUCUUAUUCAAACAAGGGCAUCUCAUUUUGUCGUCCUGGGCCGUAAAGCUGAUCACGAUAUCGUGUUAUUUCCAUCUCCGCACCACAUUUUUUCCACACGUCCUUUACCUUGGGAUUUGUAUGCUUUUAGGAUUACCAACUCGCUUCCGUCUGUCCUUUCUUUAGAUUCAGCAACCUAGAAUCUGCAAGCCAGCAGCUCCUUGCCUUGAUUGUGGCUACCUUAAUGAUGCCGAUUUCAACUUUUGCCAGGAGUGCGGUGUCCGCCAGUUUUGUUCAGUUUCCCAACAUCCUUCUAAGUGGUUAAAGAUCGACAUUCAAGCAAUCAAUGAUCGUUUGGUACAUCUGGCUGAAGCAAAGUCCAACAAGAGUUAUGAACGUCAGAAGUCUUCUCUUCACAAGGAACUUGUAAAUUUUCUUUCUUCUCUCCCGGUUCCAAAGGCUCUUCCUUCCGCUUCUCCAUCCGACAUUAAGAGGUUUCUGGUGUGGAAGGAUAACUCAGGGAAGACCGUUGUUCACCUUUUGGAUUGUGUAGGCCUUGGCCAACGCCAGCGCGUCUCCUGUUCAUGUCCAACCAGGUUGGCUGCUGGAACUGUGGACAGCCUAAUUGGGAAACUCAGGUCCAUAUUUGUUGAGGAGGGUUUGGGAGGGGAAUGGGACGACCGAUUAGGUAUUGGAAAUCCCAUUUCUCAUCCCUCUGUUAAAGCUUAUUUGAAGUGUGUAUGA